AUGGAUACAGCAAUUAUGAACGAAGUGGUUUCCCCUCAACACCACCCUUCUACCUCGAUCACCUCUCGAAGCGCGAACUCCACGUCCGCGGAGCACGAUAUCCGACUGAACAAGAGACCACGAGACGUCAUAGCUCCAGUCAAGACCAGCCGCAAAAAGCUUCGAAUGCCCAAGUUUCCAUGGGAGAAGCUCCCAUUUGAGCUUCGUGAGAAGAUUUUCGAAUUCGUUAGUGGGAUUUCGAGAGCAGAACACAAGCAGCUGCUUAACAAGGACGCGCCAGCAACAUACUUCAAGAGAGAACGCGGUUCACAUAUGCCAGCUCUUAUCGUUGCACUUCGACCUCUGGCUACUUCAUAUCAUCACGUCUUGCAAUGGUUCUAG